AAUGUCCUAGGGCCUAGGCGAUACAGCAUACAGCCACAAUGCAAUAUGCAUCACAGUUAUUUAAAAAUGGCCGAGCUUCCGCAGUUGGGCAAACAUUGUCACAUGAAAUCUUGCAAUCGUUUAGAUUUCCUGCCAUACACUUGUGUACAUUGUAAAUUCACGUUCUGUGGCGACCACAGAGCAACAGAUGCACACACAUGUGACAAAGUUGAGAAUCAUACACUGACAGACGAAGAAGUGGGAAAGGCCAAAGCAGAGCGAUUGUUUAGUUGCAGUCUAAGCAGCUGUAGUCAGUGGGAACUUACGGCUGUCAUCUGUCCCCUGUGCAAGCAGAAUUUUUGUCUGUGUCAUCGUCAUGCGCAGGACCAUCAGUGCCAAAGCCUUGAUUCUGAACAAGACUACAUGCCACGCACUACGCAGUUAGUCCAGAAUAUCCUAGGUUCGAAGAAGCCUGCAGAAAAAAAAGCAACAGCAGAGGCUUCACCACUAGCUCUGAAGGUCAAGCUGAUGAAAAUGAAGAUGCACGCAGCUGGGGAUAAAAAUAUUCCUCAAGCUGAACGAGUAUACUUUGAAGUCACUCUCCCAAGGAGCUACAAAAUGUCGAGGCCCUAUUAUUUUUCAAAAGUGUGGACUGUUGGGAGAGGUAUAGACAGUAUUGCUGGCAUUGAGAAAUUUUUGAACAACAAUAAUAAAGCUGAUGCAAAGUGGCUGCGCCUAUUUGAUGCUACAACCCUGGAAAUUCUUCCUGUAAAUACAAGGUUUCAGAAUCUGCUCACAGACCUGUCCAUAAAUGAAGGUCAAAAUUUAAUUCUUGAAUAUGUCGAACGGAGUUGUACGUGCUUGCCAAAUGACUACCUACAGAAGUAGUUGUACAAAUAUGACUAAUGAUUAUGAAAUAUGAUUAAUGACAUGUAUUAAAUUAAUUAAAUUAUA